CGGCAGUUAGCUAGCCUGACAGCAGUAGUCAGAACGAAUCGAGAGGAGCAAGCGUUUGGACGUAGUCGGUAUUGGCAAUCGACAAUCGACAAUCGGCAUCGACAUCGGCAAACGGUCGUCUGCGUCGCUGCGUCGCGUAUGCCAUUUGUGCUGCUGCUCUUUCAAAUAGUCGCGGGCCUAACACUCAUUCUAUUUGUUAUUCAUUAUAUUUAUUAUAUAAUUAAUGCAAUUGCCGGCGAUUUACAAUUACAACAACAGCUACAGCAACAGCAACAACAAAUAUUGCAGUUGCAACAAAACGUGUAUUUACAACAAUUGCAACAACCAAUUGUAAAAAAUUAUCGACAACAACGCAUCCCAGUAGCGUCGUCUGCAACAUAUAGAAAAUCGCAUUGUUUUACAGCAACAGCAACAGCAACAACAACAACUGGCGAAAAAAUGCAAACAAGCGACGAUGCAAAGUUUAUAAAAAAACGAUGGAAAGGCGGCACAAUCGAACCACAUCCAACGGAUAAGGCAUUAAUUGUCAACUAUCAGCUAGAAGCGACGGUCUUCGGCGAGCAAUCCAGCAAUCCGAUGAUUGAGGAAAAAAAGAAUUGUCAGAAAAUUAUACGCUUACGUUCGUUGAACGCGAAGACAGAUCCAGCCGCACUGGCGCGUGAAGUCGUGGACAAAUGUGAUCUCAUACACAAAUCCCAAUUGGCGGAUGUGGAGCAGAUAAUAUUCUAUCUGAAGAAUCGAAAAGACAAUGCUGGUGCAGACAUCGCUGACAAUAACAGUCAGCAUCGGUCGGCUGUGUCGGGAAAGCGUACACCGGCCAGCAAGGCGAAUCCAGCUUCUGCUGUUCUGUCACCCGCUAAAACACCAGCUAGCAAUGCAGAUGUCUCCAUCAAUAAUAUUGAUGAAUAUGUGGAGUUGUUGUAUGAGGACUUGAGUGAACGAAUACGUGGUUCAGCAAUGAUCCUGCAAGUGGCACGCAACCCAGACAAUCUGGAAGAGCUGGAGAAAAAUGAGGCUUGCCUGAGCGCUUUGUCGCGCGUAUUGCGAGAGGAUUGGCGCAAGAGUUUAGAUCUAUCCACAAAUAUAAUAUAUAUAUUUUUCUGUUUUUCGACCUAUACGAAAUUUCAUCCCGUUAUUGUGCAAUAUAAGAUUGGUUCGCUCUGCAUGGACGUCAUAGACUAUGAGCUGCGACGUUAUGAAACAAUGCGGAAUGAGUUGGAUGUGAGAAAGAAUCCUGUUACCUCUGCACCACUUUCGGCUAAAUCCAGCAAAGAGAAACUGAACCGCAGCACUGAUGAUUUCCUCGAUAUAAUGAAUGAGGAAAAACCAAAGGAAAUGGAACCACCACGCCGCCGCAUACCCGAACUCAAACAACGUCCCAAAUCUGGAAAUUGGUCUAGUUUCCACGGUUCAAUGACUUCCUCAAUGAUGAAAAGUCAAAUACUCAACAGUAGUUACCAUGAGGCUCUUUCCACCGGUGCUGCCACACCUGACUCGGGCAUUUCAUCGAACGGUGACAUGAAAGCGACCAGCAAUGAGGCGCUCGAUCGCAACGAUCCCAAGGUGAAGAAAGAAGAGAUCGAUCGGCUGAAUAAGCAGUUAAAAGUAUUUGCUAAGAAACAAGAGCAACUGUUACGUGUUGCUUUCUACCUGCUACUUAACAUGGCCGAGAAUAUUAAAUUGGAGGAAAAGAUGCGACGCAAGCACAUCGUGAAGAUGCUCGUCAAAACAUUGGAUCGACAAAAUAUCGAUCUCUUAAUGUUGGUGACAACAUUUCUGAAAAAGUUAUCUAUCGUACGUGACAAUAAAGAUGAUAUGGGCGAGUUCAAUGUCAUUGCCAAAUUGCCACGUCUAUUCCAAAGUGGCCACACCGAUUUGGCGCAAGUGACACUGAAACUGGUGUUUAAUUUAUCAUUUGAUGGUGUGUUGCGACGCAAAAUGGUCGGUGCUGGUUACCUGCCAAAGCUAGUGAUGUUCAUCAAUGAUGAGAAACAUCACGGCAUCGCAAUGAAGAUACUCUAUCACAUGAGUUUAGAUGAUUGGGUUAAAGGCUUAUUCACACACACUGAGUGUGUUCAAAUGGCCACCGAUGCCAUAAUACUCAAUCUGAAUAGCAAGGUUGAUCUCGAUCUCAUCGCACUCUGCAUCAAUCUAUCGCUGAACAAACGUAAUGCACAAAUCAUGGUCGAAGGCAAUCGGCUGAAUGAUCUAAUGGAUCGCGCUUUCAAAUAUCAGGACUCACUACUAAUGAAACUGCUGCGUAACCUCUCGCAACACGAAAUGUUGCAACCAAAAUUUAUUGACUAUGUCGGCGAUCUGGCGCGUAUACUCACAAUUUGCGAAGAUGAAUCGUUUGUGGUGGAAUGUCUUGGUAUACUCGGUAAUCUCUCAUUAGCCGAUUUGGAUUACUCACAAAUAUUGCAGAACUUCCAACUAAUACCCUGGAUAAGGGAUGUGCUUGUGCCCGGUGCCAAAUUGGACGAUAUGGUACUCGAUACGAUUGUUUAUUUGGGUACCUGUGCACAUGACGAACUUUGUGCGUUGCUGUUCUGUCGCGCUAAGGUUGUGCUCUCGUUGAUCGAGCUGCUGAAGGCCAAACAAGAAGACGACGAAAUUGUCUUACAGAUCAUUUUCGUAUUCCAACAGAUUUUACGACACGAAAGCACACGCGAAUAUAUGAUCAAAGAGACUGAAUCACCGGCGUAUCUGAUCGAUUUGAUGCAUGACAAGAAUGCCGAGAUACGUAAGGUCUGCGAUUAUUGCCUCGACAUCAUUGCUAUCAGUGACACUGAGUGGGCCAAACGGAUCAAGCUUGAAAAGUUCCGCAAUCACAAUUCACAGUGGCUUUGUAUGGUUGAAUCGCAGCAAGAUCAAGACAAUGAACAAGACUAUGCCGACAAUGAUGAGAACGAAAACGAACUCGACACCUAUUUACGCAACGAUUAUUUGGACAACUGCGAUCUCUACAAUAGCAGCAAUACAAAUAAGGAGAGUGAGGACAAUGAAAGCAACAAUAGCAACAAUCCAGCCAGUCCUGCAUUGUCUACCUAUAGUCGUCCAGUGAGCAGCUACCGGCGCAGUGAGGACCUCGACGAUCUCUUCAACAUGACCUCGAGUUCGAAAUCGCAAGGAUCCAGCCAAGGCGAUAGCAACUACAUGUUCAAAUCGAACAAAUCGCUGGAUGUUGAGGGACUGCACGAGGAGUUGUUGAUGGCCUAAAGUGCACUAUACAUGUAAAUAGUUAAAUAUGAAGUAUAUAUGUAUAUGUAUGUACAUAUGUAUAUAUGUAAACAAAAACAACCGCUUAUGUAUGUAUAUGCAGUUGCAUGGUUAUAAAGUACAUAUGUACAUAUGUACAUAUGUACAUAUACUAUAUACUUGUAUAUGUGGUUAUGUAUGAAGAAUUAGAGAAAAUGUUGAAUUAAGGCGCUCCUCAACUCCCCCUCAACUGUUUCGGGAAUAAUCUUUUACACUACAACAACAAAUGUAAAGCAAAUUUUUCUUUCUCUUAACAGUUAGUUAUAUUUUGGCUAAAAUGUAGUUGCCACAUAUUAUUAUACUACGUGUAAUUGUUGUUGUUUGUGACUGUCCAAAUCGUAGCAACGCUCGUGUCACAAUCUACCAGCCAACUUAAAACGAGUCGAAAUACACACAUACAAGUAAAUGAAUAUGUAUGUGUUUAUUUAUAUAUAUAUAAGAUGCAUUUACAUACAGACGAUAUGUUUAACCCUUGAAGAACAAACUCAACUUUCGACCAUAUGCAAAGCAGAAAUGUUUAUAAGUAAUAAUGGAAAACCAAAAAUUAAACAAAAAAAGAACAAAAAAGUGGUGUGAAACCGCAAUUUUAAUUAGUGCAAAAAUAUUUAAGUGAAAUUGUAUUUUAUUGAAAUUUCAUACAGACACGCUUGCUAUAACUUACAUAUAACUGUAAAGAACGAUUGGCUUGCAAAUGCUUUGCUUAUUUCAAAAAAUGCCUCAAUGUAGCUUGCAUUUGGAAAUGCGCGCAUAAAAUAUAUGCGACGUUAGAAAAGUCUUAAGAAAACUAUAUUCCGCACGCACACUAGUUAUUUUAUGUAGUUUAAUUUAUUUUAUAAACAAAAGAUAUAUGUAUGUAUGUAUGUAUAUCGAAAAUAUUGCAUAUUAUAUUUAUGUAGCGAAAUGAAAGAACAAAAAACUAGAAACAGCCAACAGCCAAACAAACAAAGAAUUCAAAUCCCAAAAACCGCUCAAAAGGCAACCUUGCAUAACGGUUAAUGAAAGCAUAUAAGACAAAAUUUCAUUGCAAUUCAUCGACGCUAGUCCUCUUAAACGUUUAAGUUACUUGUUUUAGUUUUAUAUAUAUGUUUAUAGUUAUGUAUUUUGUAUUUGUAUGUGUAUGUGUAUGAAAUGUUAAUGAAUUUUUAGCCGAAUUAUAGAACAAAAGGCAAUUUAAGCACUUUCAACAGUGUGUUUUGAAAAGUUUCUGAAUGUGAUAUGUGUUUAAUUAUAUAAUAUACAUAUGUACGUGUAUGCUGACUAUGUUUAACAUACACAAGAUGUUAUUAAGGCUAAUUUAUUGCUAAAUUAAUUGUUCAAUUUAUUAUUAUAUUUUUAAUGAUUUUAGUUGUGGCGUUAGUAUGUGCCCAUCUUUUAUAACUGUUAAUUGUGGCUAAUGUUCAAUAAAUGACGUUAAGCGUAUGCUGCAGUUUCUAGUAACGGUAUUUUUCUAAAAAGUAACUUAAAAAAAAUUUCAAAACAAGUGGUUUUACAGCGAUAUUUUGCAAAAAAAAAACUUUAAAAAUAAAAAUUGUUUUAUUGAAACAAUUAUUAUUUCUUAAAGCGAAGAUAAAGUCGUAUAUUAUAAAAAAAAAUAAAACUUCGAGCUUCUGGUAACAGUAUUUUCCAAAAAAAAAAUUAGAUAAAAUUUUUUUCAUUUAAAGGAAUUAUAAUUUCCUAAAGUUAUGAUUAUACGAUUUCAAAAUUUUGCAUUUAUAAAAAAUAAAGCUUCGUUCAUUUCUAGUAACGGUAUUUGUUCAAAAAAAAUUUUAAAUAAAAUUUUUAAAUAAAAUUUUUUUCAUUGAAGUUUCCUGAAGCGAAGAUGAAAUCGUAUCAAAAGUUAAAUUUAUAAAACAAAAUUAAAACUUCGAGCUUCUAAUAACGGUAUUUUUCAAACACAAAUCAUUAAAAACAAAAAUUUUUUCAGUGAAACCAAUAUUAUUUCUUAAAGCGAAGGCGAACUCGUUUCAUAAGUUUAAAUUUAUAAAAAAAUUAAAACUUGGAGCAUUUUUUUGAUUUUAAGCCAUAUUGUGGUCUUGUUUGUUCAAAAAACUUCUAUAUACUCACCUAAAAUGAAAAACAAUGCAUCAUCAAAAAAAUUCGAAAAUCGCUGUCAGAUAUAUAUAACCAAUAUAUAACCACUUUAUAACCAAAACUCAAAUUUUUUUCAAUAUGAGUGCAUAUUAACCACUAUAUAACCGUUAUAUAACCACUUUAUAACCAAAACUCAAAUUUUGUUUGUCAAUUAUGACAUUUUUCCUUCGCCUGUAAACUUAUGACCGAUAUAUAACCGUUAUAUAACCACUUUAUAACCAAAACAAAAAAAUCGAUAUGAGUGGUUUCAAUUAUAUUGCUUUUCCUCCACAUUACAGAAAAGUAAUGUUACGUUAUUUUGCAUUUUAGGUGAGGACAUAGACAUACAAAAUUGUUGAAAAUAAUGGAAAAGCUCCACUGAAUUUCGGUUCUAUUAAAUUUUUCUGAAGCAAAAAGAAUUAAUGGCUUUGAUUUUGUUAUGAUACUAAUUAAUUGGUUUCAAAAUUGCCUAUUUUGAUGCUGAAAAAAGCAGUUUUAUCAAGUUUCAUACUUAAAUGAAGAGACCGUUAUUAAAAAUCAAUUUACUAAAAAUUCAAAAAAAAAAGCUAUUUAUUUGAAAUAAAAAAUUCAAAAAUGAACAAGAACUUCGAAUACCACUAAUUUUUAUAAUAAAAAAAACGCAGUAAUUAAGAAGCGAUAAAAAGUCACACACUUAUUUGCGACAGUGCAGCGCUACUCUAAGAAACGAUCACACGAUUUGAUACGAAGUGAACGUUUUCCUCAGUCAAGCUCUCUUGAAAGUGUUCAUAUUUUAAAUAUUUCGAUAUUUUUAUACACUGCAUGAAAAAUACAUAUUUAUUAACAGUUAAUUUUGUUUACAACAUAAUUUUACAUAUAAUUUAUACAAUAUAAUUAUUAUAAUAUUAUUGUUUGAAAUUUAUUUUUUGUUCGAAAAUUAUUAUUUUUUGUUAUAUUAAAAGCCUUUAUGCUUAAAAAUGCCAUAUUUUUUAAGUAACUAACUGCUAUUGAAGCAAUAAGCGAACAUAUUCAACGCAACCAAAUAUGUACCGACGAUAUUAUUUUUUUUAUGAAUUUUUGAUUUUUUAUGAAUUUUACGAAAAAAUAUUUAUAAAUUAAAAAUUGUUUUAACAAAAAAUAUAUUUGUAGCAAAUUUUCAGCGCUUUCGGCUUACACAUACACAAAUCUGUAAAAUAUUUUAAGCAAUUUAACAGCGUACAAAAUCAAAGAAAAGAAAAUACAAAACAAUAAAAACAAAGCUUUUUCAUGUGUAGCUGCAGUAGCUUCUAAAAAUAAUGAGAAUUUAUUCAAAUAAAUCUGUAUUGAAAAAUAAAAUUAUAAAAAAUAAAAAAUAUGAAAAUAUAAAUUAUAAAAAAAAAUAUAUAUAUAUAAAAAUAAGACAAAUAAAUUCUAAAAUGUUGUGAAGCAUUGUGACCACUACAAGAUACAAAAGCGCCGGCCCCUGCUUGUAAAUAGUAGGGAAGCAGUAGGCACUCGAGUGUUACCUCGAAAGUAUUUACUAGGGUUGAAAUAUUUACUAAAACAGACACUGGAUUAGCAGAAAAUAUGUGUAUAAAUUGAAAAUUGAAAUUUAAAAGAAAAUGUGAAAAGUAAAUGCAAACAGACAAACCCUAUAUAUUGUAUUUAAAGCUGAAAUUGAAAUUAGAGCUGAAACAAAAUUGUAAUCGGGUACUGUAAGAAGCCAUACCUUCAACAAAAUAAAUAAUUGCUGCAUCUGUAUAUUUAAAA